CACAUGACAACAUACAACCCGGUGACUCGACUCUGUACUGAUGUUGCACCAUCUACACGAACCUCUUCCUUUCUCCUGCGUUGAAACACACAUUGGCUCACCGCCUCUAUCUCUGAUCUAACUGGUCUCUCUUGCGGCCCGUGGUGGCAUUGACCCUAUCCCCGCAGCCUGAUCCUGUUGCCUCCACCUGAUUUUACAACCAUGUCACUAAGCUAUCGUCAAGUCGCUAGUUGUUGUCCUCCUGCUGCCUCGGAUGUUUACAUCUUCACCAUUCUUCCAACUGCCGACCGUGGCAUCGUUGCCAUCACCUCCAACAACCACCUUUACCUCUUGGACAGCACAACCCUGCAAACCAGUCAUGCCGUCACACCCAAGAAUCUCCCCAAGAACCUAACCUCUCUUGUCGUUGCUGAUGAUGGUUGUUCCGCCAUAUGUGGAGGCGUCGAUGGCCUAGUGUCAAUCUUUGACGUGCGCACCCGAGCCCAAAUCGGUCAAUUUCAAACAGGUAAACCUAUCAAUGUCUUGGCGUGUCGAGGAAACGAUCUGGCGGUGGGGAGUGAAACCGUUGUUUCAGUCUGGGAUCGAAGACAAUCUAAACCCCGUUGGCAAAAUACCGAGAACAACGACGAAAUCACAGCACUCGACUUUCACCCCCUUCGCAACAACAUUCUACUCAGUGGAGGCGACGACGGUCUAGUCAGCAUCUUCGACACCCUCAUUACCGAAGAAGAUGAUAGUCUUCUCCAGGCAGUCAACCAUGGUCCUAUUCACAAGGCCGGAUUUCUCGGUCCAGACGAAUUAUACGCACUAAGCUCAGACCAGAAUCUAGCCUUGCAUUCUCUUACCCUCGACGACUCGGACCUUGACAAGCCGGCCUCAGAUCAAUUAGGCGAUCUUAGGCCCAAGGUGCCAUGUGAAUACGUCAUUGACGUCUUUCCUAGUGGUCCAGACUAUGUGACGGCUUGUGGCUCUCACAGUCAUUCACAGGUCGACCUGGUCAAGGUAAGACGUGGCAUUGGGCUUGACCUCACCCGACGAGUCGUCCUCCACGGCGCCCACGGUGGAGAAAUAGUGCGAUCCAUCUAUGUGGAUGAACAGACCGGUGUCGUCUUCACUGCCGGAGAGGAUGGCCAAGUUGCCGCAUUCCGUGCCUCUGAAGGUGAUGCUUCUUCGUCUACGCCAUCCAAAACUUCCAAAUCAAAGAAACACACAGAAGGAAGAUACAGACCAUAUUGAACAUCAAGCAGUCAAUUCUCCUAUCAGCAAAAUAUCGCCACCAAGAUCCUGGAUAUGGUAGAAAUGUCACCACUUCUGACAGUUCCAAGCCCUUCGCUCCAUGUCACAAGCUAGACGCCUUCAUGAUAUCCUGCCUUGAUCGUUGUUCUGGACCGCACGUUCGAUCAAUGGACGAAACUCCUACCACCUCUCACUGCUAGGUCUGAUUUCCAAUUCAUGUGUGAAUCCCGACUUUGGCUGGGUGUGUAGAUACCAGUACGUCUCGGCGAUCUUGAAACCCCUUGUCAGCAAGGUUAAUUACCACACUAUUGGAAAAACACUCACCGUCUCCGGAUCAAUCUUGGCAUCCGGCCCAGCGUCCUUCAUAUAGUCCUUGGUCGCCGGAGUGUCUAUGAUACCGUCGAUGAUCGCAUGACUAACAUGGACACCUUUUGGACCAAACUCGCGCGCCAGCGAUUGGACCAGUGCACGUGUAGCGAAUUUGCUGACGGCAAAAGAGGAGAAAUUCGCCGAUGCUUUAAGCGACGCUGUGGCGCCGGUGAAGAUCAAAGUCGGUGGGUAGGUUGUUGUUUUGGAGGACUCGGCCGUUCUGAGCAGGCGUGGGAGGAUGGCCUGCGAGAAGUGAAAACCACCUUUACUGUGUGGAAAGGGAAUUCAAGAUUGGUUAGUUACGGCGGGGGGAUUAAGGUGUGGAAGAUGCAUGUUC